AUGGACCCCUAUCCUCCCAGCCAGGAACCCGACGAGGGUUACAGCGAACACCCCUUGUACCCAUCAAUCGACAGCAAUGCCGCUGCGCUUGCGUCUAACUUGCGAUCUCCCGCCGAAUUCGCCGCGUGGAUGUGCCCACGCCUGUCCACGCUGUCGGUAACUCAGAAGACCCAACUGGCCAUGGCCAUUCUCGACGACCUCCCUACGACGGUCAUCGCCGAGAUAGUCGCUAAGAAACUGAACCCGCGGCUAUACAUCAAUUUCGUGGAGUAUUUGCCCCCCGAGAUAUGCCUGAAGAUAUUUGGAUAUCUGGACCCCUUGUCCCUCAUUCACGUCGCCAAGAGUAGCCGGGAAUGGUUUAACUUGGCUCUUGACCGCCAACUGUGGGAGAAACUCUUCUACCUCGAAGGAUGGCGGGCGAUCCCGACGGAGAUCACAGCGGCUGAGGAGCGGAUGAAUGCUGGUUUGGUCACUCCAGAGGCAAUGCAUUCGCAAAGACUCCGGUCAUCCGAAUAUGGUCAUGCUCAUAAGAAGAGGGCCAUCUCGGACGCAGACGCGGAUUCGGAUAGCAUGGAUAUCGAUCGAGAGGAGGACGUAGAAAUGUCGGGCACAAGCUUGUUUGGAGGCCCUCCAGCCGGCAGUGGUUCAUCCUCGAAGAGCACCGGCAGCGUUAUUCGGCAUCUGGGCCACCUCAUGAUGGAGUCGCCGAGCCCCAUGCCUGAAUCGAGAACCCAGGUAGACGUGAAAGGCAAAGGCAAGGCAAUAGCUAAUUCCUAUGACAAUCCAGCACCGUCCUCGAUAUUGCUCUCCGUGCCCAAGUCGACACUCUGGGCGUAUGCAUCCAAAGACAGGCGGUAUAAGAUCAACUGGCAAUAUCUCUACUCUAUGAGACGGCGAUUAGAGGACAACUGGGACGCUGGAAGAUACACAAACUUCCAGCUACCCCACCCGAAUCAUCCGGGAGAGGGGCAUAAAGAGUGCAUAUACAGCAUCCAGUACAAUGCCGAGUUUCUCGUCAGUGGAAGUAGGGAUAAAACCCUGCGAAUCUGGAAUAUGCGCACCCGGCGUCUCAUUCGGCCGCCGUUACGUGGCCACGUCGGCUCGGUGCUCUGUCUGCAGUUCGACUCGGAUCCCAAGGAGGACUUGAUUGUGUCUGGCAGUAGUGACUCGGAUGUUAUACUAUGGAAGUUUUCAACAGGGCAGCCCAUUCAACGUCUGAACCAUGCCCACAGGGAAUCUGUCCUAAAUGUUAAGUUCGACAAGAGGAUCCUUGUGACUUGUUCCAAGGAUAAAACCAUCAAGAUCUUCAACCGCACACAAUUACGGCCUGGCGAGCCUGGGUAUGGUGACAUCAAUGCCGUCAGUCCUGUUCCCAUCAAUCUGAAGAACUACGACUACGAUGAUUCGCCGUUAAACCAGCUCCCUAUCAAGCCGGCCUACUCUCAAAUUGGUUGCUUGGAAGGUCACGGUGCUGCGGUGAACGCGGUUCAGAUAUGCGGCGACGAAAUUGUGUCAGCUAGCGGGGAUAGACAUAUCAAGGUCUGGGACUGGCCCAAUCAGGUCUGCCGGCGGACUUUCCUUGGCCACAACAAGGGAAUAGCCUGCGUUCAGUAUGACGGCCGACGCAUCGUCAGUGGCAGCAGUGACAACGAGGUCAAGAUUUUUGACCGCGAGACAGGCCUGGAAGUUGCGAGUUUACGAACGCACUCCAACCUUGUGCGCACCGUCCAAGCUGGAUUCGGAGAUCUUCCCUAUAGUGUUGAGGAAGAUCGCCUCGCAGCUAGGGAGAUCGACCAGGAAUACUUUGCAGCCAGAGACGCCGGGACACUUGGGGACACAUUAACCUUAGCUAGGGGCAAGGCGGUAGGAAAUGCGGGCAGUCGAAGACCGGAAGAUAUUACGGCGUAUGGAGCCAAACUUCCUCCUGGCGGUGGAGGUGGCCCGUACGGACGAAUCGUGUCGGGUUCGUACGACCAAAGCAUCAUUAUCUGGCGCCGUGACAAACAAGGUGUAUGGAAACCUAGCCACUCGCUUCGUCAGGAGGACGGAGCCGUGGCUGCGCAGAGAGAACGAACUACGACUAGUUCGACAGGUGCCAUUCCUCGUUCAUCCUCGCCUCUACCUGUGGACGGCUGCAACAGUGCGCAACCUGCCCAUCGCCACAACGCCCGCCCCAUUAACGUCACGCACGCUGAGCAAUCAAACCACGCCACGGUCAUUCCCCCCACCCCUACGUCGUACACCCAGAUGGUCGAUGCGUGUGUGCUGCAGGGCCCAGCUGCACUUCGUCAUGCGUUGGCUAGCUUUCCAACUAUGCUCACCUAUCACUCUCAUAUCCAGGCAGUCAUCGAUCGCGAGCCUAACGCACGAACUCGAUCGCAGAUGAGACAUGUUGUCACCACCGCCUUGGUGCGAGCACAGACUGCUCAAGAACAGACCUCUCCUGGACAGUCGAGCUCUGCUGCCGGACUUUCUACCGAUGUUUCCAUGAGUAGGCCGUCAAAUGCCGGGCCACCAGCCGAUAUUGCUACCCGCCGACCGACAACUGCAGGCCCCCCCUCCGACAUUUCUUCACACCGGCCAGCAGUUGUCGGGCCCUCUGCCGAUGUUUCGACAAGGAGGCCGGCAGCUUCCCGCCACGUCAGUCAAGUUGCUACAGCACAGGCUCCUACGGUAGCUUCAACUUCAUCCGCUUCCAGUGCAGCUCCCGGCGUCGGACUGCCUGCAGUGACAAACGGAAUCGCACAGGCUGCACAAAUGGUCCAGCAGGGUCCAAAUAACACGCAGGCUCAGGCGACGGCACAGCCCCAAGCAGCAGCGACGACAACGGCGGCAGCUCCAGCGCCGGCGCAGCAUCAUCCACAUAUAGCUCAGGCAGAUGCAAACCCAGCGCGGGUAUUCAAAUUACAAUUUGACGCGCGGAGAAUCAUAUGUUGCAGCCAGACGACGACGAUUGUGGGCUGGGACUUUUGCAAUGGCGACGCCGAGCUCGAGGAAGCAUCCCGAUUCUUCGGAGCUGUGGAAUAG